UUUCCCUUCCGGAUGUUGCUUAGUUUCACUUUCACAGUUUUCUGCAGAAGCCCAACAACACAAGGACAUAAAAGUGUCAGAAGAAAUGGCAAACUACCUUGAGGCUGCUCUGAGUUGUUCAGUCUGCCUUGGUAUCUUCAGAGACCCAGCCAAAUUGCAGUGUGGGCACACUUUCUGUAAACGAUGUCUUGAGAAACUGUGGAAAGCUAACAGGAAAGAUUGUCCAGAAUGCAGGAGUCCAUUUGAUGGAAAAUUUAUCCCGGACUACGCCUUGAAAUCUGCUAUUACUUACCUGAGUCGUUUCAACAUUGAUGAAAUAUCAGCUACCUGUUGCAAAGAAGACAAGACAUACCUAAAUGAAGUAAAUGACAGCAUCCUCACAGCACCUGAGGAUUGCUGUAUAGCAGUUUGUGUGAAUGAACAGCUCACCAUGAGAGGUGGUGUCUCCCGAGCAGUUAAGGAUAGAUUUGGACGAGUAGUAGAACUGAAAAAACAGGGUAAGAAGACUGGUGAAGUAGCUGUUCUUGAGGAUGAUGACAGAUUUCUGUAUUACCUGGUGACAAGAAGUAAAUUUGCAAAGACGGCAAAAUAUGAGGACUUACAGCAAUGCUUGCAUGAAAUGAAAACACACUGUGUGGAUAACUAUGUCACUGACCUUGCAAUACCAAGUGACUUUCAUGCAUGUGUAGUUAACAUAUUGGUUUGCCAGUGUGGGCUAGGAUUUAGUAGUCAUUUUGUAAAACCUGCCCUAAGCCUACAUAUUUUGCAUAGUCCAGUCCGCCCACUUCAACCGCAGGACUGGUUUGCUACAGGCAACAGUUUCUCAACACCUUUAAGACUCUCCAAGUCUCUUAACAUGUCUCCUUUAUUACCCAUAAUGCACCAUGAUCUCACUUCUCUCCAGAUCCCGUUUGCCUCAUAG